AUGUCCGUCACUGGAAUAAGCCAAAACCAAACCACUAUUUCUAAACGAACCCAAAUUAAAAUAAAGGCUCUUCCUAAUAAUUUUACUUUCAAGGUAUCUGCCUUAGUUAUACCUAGAAUAACCCAACCAAUCCCUCAAUUAUCAAUCAAUGCUUCCAACCUAAAUAUCCCAAGUGAUCUUAUUCUUGCUGAUCAAGAAUUUUUAAAUUCUGCAUCUAUUGACCUACUUUUAGGUGCAGAAAUUUUCUAUAGCCUACUUAAACCUAGCCAAAUUAAACUCGGCAAAUACAAACCUAUCUUACAAGACACCAAACUUGGAUGGGCUGUAAGUGGACCUAUUCCUGUAUCAUUAUUUAACUUAAAUCUCCAACCUCAGACUUCAAAUGCUUUAACCUGCACCACCUCCGAUAAUGCUCUUCAGAAAUGUCUAGAACUUUUUUGGAACUCUGAAGAAACCACCGAACAACUUCAAAUCAAUAAUAAUUAUUCUCUGGAGGAAACAGAGUGUGAAAACCAUUUUCAGUCUACCACACGCCGGGAUCCUGCAGGAAGAUUUAUUUUAAAUCUACCUCUUAACUCCAAUGUGUUUAUACUUGGAGACUCUUUACAAACCGCACUUAAGCGUUUUAACAGCCUAGAACAAAAACUUGCUAAAAACCCUGAAAUAAAAAAAUCUUUCUCUGAUUUUAUCUCUGAAUACAUUUCUCUCGGACAUAUGUCCGAAAUUAACCCGAUAAAUGAUACUCACCUUUCUUAUCCAGCCUAUUACUUACCUCACCACUGCGUUGAAAAGUCCGAUAGCCUAACUACACGGCUCCGAGUUGUGUUUGAUGGCUCAUCUGCUUCUUCUUCCGGUUUUGCUAUUAAUGAUUGCCUCAAAAUUGGACCCACUGUUCAAAAUGAUCUAUUUACCAUUCUACUGCGUUUUCGAGAACACAACUAUGUUUUAACUGGAGACAUCGCCAAGAUGUACUGGCAAUUUUUAAUUGAUCCUAACCAACGAUGCCUUCAACGCAUUUUAUGGCGCAAUGAACCUCAAAAACCACUUCUCCAUUAUGAAUUAAAUACUAUAACCUACGGCAUGUCAAGCAGUGCCUUUCUAGCCACACGUUGCCUAAGGCAAAUUUCAUACGAUAUCUCUGAGUCAUAUCCAAUUGAAAGCAAUAUCAUUAAAAAUGACUUUGACGUCGAUGACGGAAUAACCGGCUCAUCUACUGAAGAAUCCCUUUUAAAUAUCCGUAACAACCUUGUAAAUAUUUUUAAAUCCUAUGGUCUAGAUUUAAGGAAAUUCUAUUCAAACUCUAAGACAAUCUUAUCUGACAUGGAUGACCCUGUAAAUAAUGUAAAUAAAUCCCUUGCUUUAGAUGCAACCCAUCAUCACAAAACUCUAGGCAUAUCCUGGAAUCCAGAACAAGAUAACUUUAUCUAUAAUUCUACCUUUAAACUAAAUACCAAUAUUGUAACCAAGCGUGUGAUCCUUUCACUGAUUUCUCAAAUAUUUGAUCCUCUCGGUCUCCUUGGACCUAUGAUCUUGCAAGUAAAACUUCUUUUGCAGAAGCUUUGGCUUCUUAAACUUGGCUGGGAUGAUCCCGUACCUGUAGACAUUUUUAGAAUAUGGAAAAAUUUUACUUACCACUUGUCACUCGUUGAGUAUUUCAAAAUUCCACGCCAAGUAACCAUUAAAAAUUAUACUUACCUGGAACUCCAUGGUUUCAGUGAUUCUUCGAUAAAUGCCUUUGGCGCAUGUGUUUAUGUCCGUACCCUGGACUCCCUAGGAAAUAUUUCCGUCAACUUACUUUCUGCCAAAAGUCGCGUAGCUCCUUUAAAGGCUGUAUCAUUGCCGCGCCUUGAGCUAUGCGGAGCUUUACUUCUCUCCAGGCUAAUGGACAAAAUCCUAAAAUCUCUGAAUUGUAAGCCAAACAAGGUGUACUACUACACUGACUCCACAAUUGUAUUAUGCUGGCUUUCCCAACAACCAAGGCAACUAAAAACAUAUAUUUGUAACCGUGUAUCUGAAGUCCAGAAAACUACUGAUAUAGAUGAUUGGCAUCACAUCACAUCACAUCGAAUCAAAACCCUGCUGAUAUAA